AUGAAACGUGGGUCCAUCAAUGGUGUAUCUACUCCCCUUAAGAAGCCUAAAUUGGAAGACGAUUUGAGUCUAUAUUUUGGUCCAAAUAAGAUUUAUUAUAAACAUCCGAUUAGCUGCGGAGAGGCAAACAAGUUUAACAAUAGAACGAGAGAAAAGCCUAUAACUUUGCUCAAUGAUCUAAAAUCUGCAAUUGAAACUCAGAAUACAACCUCUCGAUUCUUUUUGCACUGGUUCCGAAGCGACCUACGCCUCUUGGAUAAUACUUCUUUGUGUAAGACAUGGAACGAGUACGUAAAAUGGAAAGAAGGUAAAAAGGAAGGCCGUUUUAUAACAGUCUUUACCAUCAAUGAACAUGACUGGAGAGCUCAUUUAGAUGGUGGCUGGAAGUUAUCUUUCAUGCUAAAGGCACUAUUUUCAUUGCGAGAUGCGCUUGCUAAAAUGGCAGUGCCCUUAUACGUUUUGCACUAUCAACCGGGAACCGCUCAGCUUUCUAACAGCGACAAUUUUGCGGAGUGGUUUAAAAAUGAAUGUCUAGGUUUAGCCAAAGAGUCGGAAUCUGUGAUCGUAAGCGCUAAUGCUGAAUAUGAAUCGGAUGAACUAUACAGGGAUAUAAGAAUAUUGAAAAAAAGAGACGAUUCAUUCAAUUUUCAAGUGCACCACGAUAUUUGUGUUUUAGAGCCCUGUACAUUAAAGACCGGUAAGGGUUCAAUAUACACGAUAUUCACUCCGUGGUACAAGAAAUGGGCUGUCGAAAUCGAAGCUUAUUUGAAAAAAACAGAUGGCGCAUUCAUACAAAAGAUUGAUGACAUUGAGGAUAACAGCAAAGAUUUUGAAAAAAUUCAAAUAAACUAUGAGCUGCCGGAAGAGUUCACUUCUUAUAUUCCAUCCUCCACGGAAAACCAUCCAGAAGCAAGUGAAGCGGCUGCCAUUGAAUUGCUUAGUUCCUUCCUCGACCAGAAAGUCAACUCUUAUGAUAAGAAGGAUAUCCUCAGAGAUGAAGGAUCUUCUCAUUUGAGUUGUUACUUAUCUUUAGGACUGAUAAGUAGCCGAUACAUUGUUCUCCAAGCUUCGAAGAAGAGCAAACAAGGGAUCAUUUCCAAAGAUAUUAAAAAAAACAACUGUUUGCAAGAGUUUGUCAGAGAAGUAGCCUGGAGGGAUUUUUAUAAGAAUGCAAUUUGCAAUUGGCCAUACCUUUCAAUGGAUUUACCAUUCAAGUUUGAAAUGGAUAACCUGAGAUGGAAGAGGGAGGAAGAGACGUUCAGGAAGUGGUGCAGCGGUACCACAGGUAUACCCAUAGUAGAUGCUAUAAUGAGAAAGCUUCUUUAUACAGGCUAUAUCAACAAUAGGGCCCGCAUGAUUGUAGCUUCAUUUCUUUCGAAAAAUUUAUUACUUGACUGGCGUUGGGGUGAGAGGUGGUUCCGCAGACAUUUGAGAGAUUACGAUUUGUCUUCGAACGUCGGUGGGUGGGGAUUUUGUUCUAGCACAGGAAUUGACGCCCAACCCUACUUUAGAAUAUUUAACAUGGAAUUGCAAAGUAAGAGGUACGAUCCAAAAGGAGAUUUCAUAAAGCGGUGGGUUCCAGAACUCAAAAGCUUUUCCGACGUUCAUAAUCUUGCGAAAACGGCGGAAUACCAUCACCCAAUAGUUGAUCUCAAACAAAGUCGCGAGGAAGCUCUCGAAGCUUACAGACAAGUCAUUUAA